GGGUCUAAAAAUUAAAUGUGUUACGCCACCCAUUUUCAUUUCUGCUUAAGUCUUUACUUUCCAAAUAUAGUACUUGUUCAACCCCCUACCCAACAAAAACCUUUACCUCAUCCCUUUUCUACUCCCUCUUUUUAAUCUUUCCCAUCUUCCUUGGAAUUCGCUCUUUUGUUUGGUGUACUGGUAUCAUUGCCUUGUUGUCAGCAUAUUCAAGAACAGUUCCAAAAUCAAGUCGGUUAAUAGGGAGUAUUUGAUAAGUAUUUCUCAACCCUUAGGGUUAAGUGUUUUUUCCCAAUAUAUAUCUUGGGGUGUGUGGUGUGACUUCUGAUUUUAAUCUGUUCUUGUUUUGGGGUUUUGUUUAAAUCUUGUUUGCUGAGUUGUUGUUGAUCAAUUGGGGAAUUUUCUUGGGACAAGUUCAAGAAAGUUUGUUUUUUUAGAUGAUGGGAAGUUCUUGAAUUUUAAGGUGUGUUAAGUAUUUGGAUUGUGGUAUUGGGAAGUUGGUAGUGGGAUAUUGGUGGGAAUAGGAUGAUUUUGAUUUUCAGAUAUUGGAUUCUUGGACUGCAAAGAGUAGAAGAGUAUAAGGAAUCUGAUGCAAGCUUGAGUGAUUUGAGUGUUCUCUAGCAUUUGGUUGAUUUAUUGUAUUUUUUUUAAAUAAAAAUGGAGAGGGGAGUUGAUUUUUGGGCCUCUCCUAAAGGUCAAAUGGAGGGUGUUGCGUCGUUUGAUGCUAGUACAAGGUCUUCAAAUGUUGAUUCAUUCAACAAUGUUAUGGAGAUUAUGAAUCUAGAUGCUUAUGCGGGAUGGUGCACUAGCCCUAGUGCAGCAGAGCACAUGUUAGCCUCUUAUGCAGCAUUUUCGCCAAUUAAUCACAUGUCUCAAAGUUAUGCACCAUUUGAAGGAUUGAGUUAUACAGAACAAAAUAGUGGAGCAUUUCCUCCAAUGGAUGCCAAUAUGGUGGUAAGUAAUCAUGAUGGAGGAGAGAAAAUGAUGUUUGGGCAAACUGAUGACCAGUUACAUUUUAUGGUAGAUUCAGUUGAUGGGGAGGAUGGUUUGGGAGCUAAAAGAAGUGGAAGAUCAAGCCAACCGUCUGAUGGUGCGGAUAUUGGCAACUCUAUGAUCCCAAGGUCACCUUCUCAACCACUUGCUGAGAGAAUGCUUAGGGCAUUGGCAAUGUUUAAAGAGUCAUCUGCUGCAGGAAUUUUGGCUCAAGUUUGGAUUCCGAUGAAGAAUGGUGAUCAGUACGUCUUGAGCACGUGUGAACAGCCAUAUCUUCUUGAUCAGGUGCUUUCUGGCUAUCGGGAGGUCUCCAGGAAGUUCACUUUUGAUACAGAAAUAAAACCAGGAGCAAUUCCAGGUCUUCCUGGUCGGGUGUUUAGUUCAAGAAUUCCAGAGUGGACGUCAAAUGUUCUGUACUACAAGGAGGCUGAAUACUUACGUGUACAAUAUGCUGUUAACCAUGAAGUUCGUGGAUCUAUUGCUUUACCUGUCUUUGAGGAUGAUGCCUGUGAAACUCCAUGUUGUGCAGUAUUAGAACUCGUUACAAUGAAGGAGAAACCUAAUUUUGAUUUGGAAAUGGAUCAUGUUUGCCAGGCUCUCCAGGCUGUGAAUUUAAGGAGUAUCGCGCCUCCUCGACUUCAUUCUCAGAAUCUCUCAAACAACCAAAAGGAUGCUUUAGCUGAGAUAACAGAUGUUCUGCGAGCAGUUUGCCAUGCACAUAAGCUGCCUCUUGCUCUGACAUGGAUUCCCUGUAAUGUCACUGAAGGAGAAGGAGAUGAACCCAUGAGAGUGCGUGCUAGAGGAUGUAAUACAAGUUUAAAUGAAAAAUGUGUAUUAUGUGUUGAGGAUACAGCUUGUUAUGUGAGUGACAAGGAAAUGCAAGGAUUUGUACAUGCAUGUAUGGAACAUUUUCUCGAGGAAGGUGAAGGUAUUGUUGGGAAAGCUCUGCAAUCUAACCAUCCCUUCUUCUACCCUGAUGUGAAGGAGUAUCAUAUAAGUGAGUACCCACUUGUUCAUCAUGCACGAAAGUUUGGUCUAAAUGCUGCUGUGGCUAUCAGAUUACGUAGUACAUUCACCGGCAAUGACGAUUAUAUAUUGGAGUUCUUUCUUCCUACAAGUAUGAAGGGAAGUACCGAGCAACAGCUUCUCUUGAAUAACCUUUCAGGUACCAUGCAAAGAAUUUGCAAAAGUUUGAGAACAGUAGCAGAUGUGGAAUUGGUUGGACAAGGUACUAAGUUUGGGUUACAGGAUGGAUCUGUUCCAAAUUUACCACCGAUUGCAUUGUCGAGGCAGAACUUUCAGCACUCAUUAGACAGCAAUUCAAAUUCUGUAAACGAGGCUCCUUUAGGUGCCUGUGAUUCAAAGAGUGCUGGAACGCAUGCUGAUGAUUCUCAUGAACAGACAAUGACUGGAUCAAGAAGACAGAUUGAGAAAAAACGAAGUACAGCAGAAAAACAUGUCAGCUUAAGUGUUCUUCAGCAAUACUUCUCUGGGAGCUUGAAAGAUGCUGCAAAAAGCAUUGGUGUGUGUCCAACUACCUUGAAAAGGAUAUGCCGACAACAUGGGAUAUCUAGAUGGCCAUCCCGGAAGAUAAACAAAGUCAACCGGUCUUUGAAAAAGAUACAAACAGUGCUUGAAUCUGUCCAAGGUGUAGAAGGGGGACUGAAGUUCGAUCCAGCAAGUGGAGGUUUAGUUCCAGCUGGCUCAAUCACCCAAGAUUUUGACGCACAGAGAAGCAUAUUUUUCCCAUUCAAAGAUGUCUCCGUCAAAAAUCCUACUUCUGUUUUCCAGGAUACUGUCUCUCUACCCUCGUCUUCAGGCAAUAACAAAGAGAAUUCGAUGGUGAAAAUGGAGGAGGACUCUUUUGCUGAUGGAAACCAACUCAGCCAAUCAAAUCAUGUCAAUACUUCCUCUUUCAAGGAAGUGACGAAAUCAAGUAUUGAAGUGUCUGGAUAUUGUUAUGAAUCCAAGUUGCCAUCGACUGAUUCCGGAAAUGCAUCAUUGGGACCUUUUCUUUCAAAAGGAGGAUGUAGGAGGUGGGGAUUGAACAAUGACACCCUAGACAAUUUUGACUGUCAAUUCACUUCUCGGUGCUCGUAUUCCAUGGCUGUUGGUAGUGAUGUUGAUAGUAAGAUGAAAGGAGAUAAUGAAAUGGAUGGUGAUGGUGGGGUGAUUGAACAUAACCAGGCCAGUUCUUCAGCCAUGACAGAUUCAUCCAACGGGUCCGGGUCGAUGAUAAAUGGUAGCUCAUCAAGCACUCACAGUCGUGGUGCAGAGAAGCAUUCUAAAAUUGAAGUGAACUGUGGUGAUAAUGGGUCAACAAUUACCGUGAAAGCCACUUACAAAGAAGAUACUAUUCGUUUUAAGUUUGAUCUUUCAGCAGGGUGCUUCCAACUCUAUGAGGAUAUUGCUAAAAGGUUUAAGCUGCAGACUGGGACAUUCCAACUCAAGUAUCUUGAUGAUGAGGAGGAAUGGGUGAUGUUGGUAAAUGAUGCAGAUUUGCAUGAGUGUCUUGAGAUACUAGAUUUUAGUGGUGGUCGUACUGUCAAAUUUCUUGUUCGCGAUACACCAUGUGCUCUUGGUAGCUCAGGCAGUAGUAACUGCUUUUUGGCUAGUGGCUCUUAACAGCCUCAUCCGAAAGCUUCAAUCAUCAUCUGGUACUUAAAAUGAUAACAACGUAACAGAUGAUACGUGAAACACUAGUAUGUCUCUCCCUUUGAAUAUGCUUAUUUCUAGCAAAGAUAUCAUAAGAUGAUUUAGUAGAAGUUGCAUAGUAUGUCGAAGUUCAUUUGUGGUCUGUUUAUUAUUACGUUUGCAGGUGAGAUAGUAGAUGCACUGUCUUUGUACUAGUCAGAAAUGAGUAAGGAACUGUCUUAAGUGCGUUACCUACUUUGUAAAUAUGUUAGUUUUAAGAGAGUGUUAUUUUAGGGAAUAGUCAAAGCAAUAAAUUGUACAACGUCUUUUCAAUAAGAAUAUGUAAAAUUUAUUUCUUCUAAUGUUAGUUUGUCUUCUUUUGCAAAA